AUGGGUCAGAAGUCUCUCAUCUACGCCUUCGUGGCUCGUGGGACUGUGAUUCUGGCGGAGUAUACUGAAUUCAGCGGCAAUUUCAAUUCCAUUGCCUUUCAGUGCCUUCAGAAACUCCCCGCCACCAGCAACAAGUUCACCUACAAUUGCGACGCCCACACCUUCACUUACCUUCUCGAUAAUGGCUACACAUAUUGUGUGGUUGCAGAUGAAUCAGUAGGAAGACAGGUUCCCAUGGCUUUCCUGGAACGCAUCAGAGAUGACUUUGUUGCACGAUAUGGGGGUGAGAAGGCUGCCACAGCUCCUGCAAACAGCCUUAACAAGGAUUUUAGUUCAAAAUUGAAGGAACACAUGCAGUACUGUGUUGAUCAUCCCGAGGAGAUAAGCAAGCUUGCGAAGGUGAAAGAUCAGGUUUCAGAAGUUAAAGGUGUUAUGAUGGAGAAUAUUGAGAAGGUUCUAGACAGAGGGGAAAAGAUAGAGCUUCUGGUGGAUAAGACUCAAAACCUUCAUGAACAGGCACAAGAUUUUCGGAGUGCUGGAACCAAAAUCCGGCGGAAAAUGUGGCUGCAGAACAUGAAGAUCAAACUCAUUGUGUUGGGGAUUCUGGUAGCCUUGAUCCUCAUCAUAGUCCUCUCUGUCUGCCAUGGCUUCAACUGCGGGAAGUGAGCGGCGCGCAAGAGAAGAGGCGCUCCAUCUGCUGAUCUUGGUGUCCCGAGAAAUGCCCUAGCGUUUGUAGUAGAAGAACAAAAGUAAGCGACUCCCAGUUACAAUCUGAACCAAAGACAAGUUAUUUUAGAGAGUAAUACAAACAACAUAUAUAUCGUGUCAUGUCAUUAUAACUGCAUUCGGAAAUAUGAAAUUGCUUGUUUGCAAACAAAUUUAGAAAAUGGAACUUGUUUUUGCUUCUCUUC